ACAGAAAGGUCGACUAUCGUCAUUACAAGACAGUCGACCUUUUAGCAUGACGAUGGCAUUGGUUUUGGUGCGUGAAUGAGAGAACAAGUAGUGAACGUGAAUUUGGCAAUGGUAGGCUAGAAUUUGGUGCUUCAAAUAGAAAUGUCAGGAGACGACAAAUGGGAUGCUGAUUUUCAGCAGAGCACGCUGUCAAUGGGACUCGUGUCUCAGCAAUGGGAAGGAGAAGAUGAGGACGACAUAAAAGAUUGCUGGGAUGAUCCUGAGGAGGAAGAAAAUGAAGCAAAAGAAGCUGAAGCCGCCGCGCUUAAGGCUAAACUUGAAAAGGAACAAAAAGAUAAAAAGAAAAAAUUACAGGAAGCAAAGUCAUUAAAAGAAGAAAAGAGACUUGAAGAUAUGACACCAGAGGAGAGAUUCGCCGAAAAGCUCAAGAGACAGAAAUUGCAAGAGGAAUCAGACCUUCAGUUGGCUAAAGAGAUGAUUGGUGAUCUAGGAUUUGGAGAUGACACAAGAAAAGAAGACUCAGAUAAAAGUGACGACGAAGAUACAACUAGGAGUGAGAGCAGGAAAGCAGUUAAUAGCAGUCAAUCGACGAAAAAUAGUGUUGCUCGAGUAAAAGACGACUCCGAUCCGUUCGUAUUGAGAAUUUCCGACACAUCAGUUACUAAAUCAUUAAAAACUAAAAAGGAUUUCGAAAAUUACAAGGAUGAAAUAGUGAGCCAUUUGAGUGGUGCAUCCCGAAAUGAACAUUUCACUGAAUUUGUAAAUAAGAUGGUACACACGUUUUGUGGUUAUUUAACGACAGCUGAUGUGAAAAAUCUCCACACAUCGAUAGGCAGCUUACAUGCUGAAAAAUUAAAAGCUGAUCAAGGCAAAAGUAAGAAAAAAGUGAAGCCUACUAUCAAGAAAGCUCAUGAUGCUGACGUUUAUGACAAUUACUAUGAAGAAGAGGAUAUCUAUAAUGACUUUAUGUAGUGAAAGUGGAUGUGCUUCGAGGUGGAAGAACAGAAUUACUUGAUAGACUUGAAUUGGCUUGGCGUGUUCGGUUACCAGUGAGGGUCGAACUGCGCAUGUGUGUAGUUUGAGACUAAACAACGGACAUCACUGUAAAAACUUAUUCAACUAUAAUUCAGCUAAGCAUUUCCAACGGUGAAGUGAUAACUGUCGUUUCAUUAAAGUGCGAAACUGAAAUAUG